GCUGGGAGCGUCACUUCCUCCCGGAAGCGGGCCUGGGCGGAUGUCUCCGGCGCGUCGGUGCAGGGGGAUGAGGGCCGCGGUGGCUGCCAGCGUGGGGUUGAGCGAGGGGUCCGCUGGCUCCCGGAGCGGCCGCCUCUUCCGCCCGCCGAGCCCCGCUCCGGCGGCCCCCGGGGCCCGGCUGUUGCGGCUCCCGGGGAGCGGGGCCGUGCAGGCCGCGAGCCCGGAGCGCGCCGGCUGGACCGAGGCGCUGCGGGCCGCCGUGGCCGAGCUGCGCGCCGGCGCCGUGGUGGCCGUCCCCACCGAUACGCUAUACGGUCUGGCCUGCGCGGCGAGCUGCUCGGCGGCUCUGCGCGCUGUGUACCGCCUCAAGGGUCGCAGCGAGGCUAAGCCUCUGGCCGUAUGCCUCGGCCGCGUGGCCGACGUCUACAGAUACUGCCGUGUGAGAGUACCCGAGGGGCUCCUGAAAGACCUACUGCCAGGACCAGUGACCCUGGUGAUGGAACGCUCGGAGGAGCUCAACAAGGACCUAAACCCUUUUACGCCUCUUGUAGGCAUUCGGAUUCCUGAUCAUGCCUUUAUGCAAGACUUGGCUCAGAUGUUUGAGGGUCCGCUUGCUCUCACUAGCGCCAACCUCAGCUCCCAGGCCAGUUCUCUGAAUGUCGAGGAGUUCCGGGAUCUCUGGCCUCAGUUGUCCUUGGUCAUUGAUGGGGGACAAAUUGGGGGUGGCCAGAGCCCCGAGUGUCGCCUCGGCUCAACUGUGGUUGAUUUGUCUGUGCCCGGAAAGUUUGGCAUCAUUCGUCCAGGCUGUGCCCUGGAAAGUACUACAGCCAUCCUCCAACAGAAGUAUGGCCUGCUUCCCUCACAUGCGUCCUACCUGUGAAACUCUGGGAAGCAGGAAGGCCCAAGGCCUGGUGCUGGAUACUAUGUGUCUGUCCACUGAUGACUGGCAAGGCCUCAUUUGCAGAGGCCACUGGAGCUAGGGCACCUGACUGUUAAGGCAAUGUGUCUUUCUGAGCACUGGGAGCUGCUGGUUUACAGCUCGGGACAGGAUGUAUUGAUUUGUAGUUUCAUAUAUCAGCCAAAAGCUGAAUGGAAAAGUUAAGAACAUUCCUAGGUGGCCUUAUUCUUUUUUUUUUUUUUUUUUUUUUUUUUUUUUUUUUUUUUUUUUGAGAAGGAGUCUUGCUCCGUCACCCAGGCUGGAGUGCAGUGGCUGGAUCUCAGCUGACUGCAAGCUCUGCCUCCCAGGUUUACGCCAUUCUCCUGCCUCAGCCUCCUGAGUAGCUGGGACUACAGGUUCCUGCCACCUCGCCCGGCUAGUUUUUUUUUGUAUUUUUUAGUAGAGACGGGGUUUCACCGUGUUAGCCAGGAUGGUCUCGAUCUCCUGACCUCGUGAUCCGCCCAUCUCGGCCUCCCAAAGUGCUGGGAUUAUAGGCUUGAGCCACCGCGCCUGGCCUAGAUGGCCUUAUUCUAAUAAAUUUCUUCUGUCUGUUUUGUUUUUCAGUUGAAAAGUAAUUUAAAUGACAGAUUUAGAAUCUAGUGAGAGCCUUCUCUCUGGUGGGUGGUGGCAUUUAAGGUUCAAACCAGCUAGAAGUGCUGGUGCUGUUUAAGAAGUCUCAGGUGGCUGCGUGUGGUGGCUUGUGCCUGUAAUCCCAACAUUCUGGGAGGCCCAGGCGGGAGAACUGCUUGAGCCCAGGAGUUCAGAAUCAGCCUGGGCAACAUAGGAAUACUCCAUCUCAUAAAAAUUAAUAAAUAAAAAGUCUCAGGUGACCAAAGGCAUGGGUUGGGCUCCUGAAGCUAGAACCAGGUUUGGAUAAAGAUUGAAGAGCCGCAGACCACUCUUCCCUCUGAGCCACUGGGCCUAGUGGUGUCAUGUAUUGUAAUUGCUGGCAGGAAGAGCAGUCUUUUUGGUGUAAUAGUGGGAUGUCUGCUCAGUUGGCAAGGGUUCAGUCCAAACUGAAGAAUACUGGGAAAUAAACCUCCACUACCCUUUUCAGCCAGGGACUUUUUCCUUAUUUAUUCGUAAAUUAUAGUUAAUUAUACCCGUAAUAGCCUUGUUUAAAUCCAGUGUUCUCUGCAGCCUUUUGUCUAUUUAUAUGUGUACCAAGUGUUAAACAUAAUUACUGUUGGGCAUUUGAACUUUGUUUUUCUUUAAAGAAAUGCUGCUAUUAAACAUAUUUGUAAAUGGUU